CUCCCUCCCUCCGCUCUUCCAUCACACGCCGUAUUAGCAUCUCCCCCCCACACACAAAAAAAACCCCUCUCCACCUCUCCAAAACACUCCGAAUGGGAAUUAAAGAUGGCAUGAGCGAGGCGGCGGCUGACGACCACCACCACCGUUCACCGUCUUCGACCGAGCACGAGCCGCGGAUGAACAUGGACUCGAGGCGACGCGGCGGCGCAGAGCAGAGACAACAGCGGAGCACAAAGCCGACGCGAGAGACCGCUCCGGUUUGCGCCUAGCGUCCCGACGCGCCGCCAACAGACGCACGCACAGAGGGGGGAGACCACGGAGUCGGAGGGUCCAGUCGAGCAACGAAAAGCGGAGCCGCUGGUUCCGUCUCAUCAGUGCCACCAGCUCCGGCUGAAUCAGAGGACGAGAAAAUGAGUGAACAGAGUAUCUGCCAGGCGCGGGCCUCUGUGAUGGUUUACGAUGAUGCCAGUAAGAAGUGGGUGCCCAUCAAGCCCGGGCAGCAGGGCUUCAGUCGCAUCAACAUCUACCACAACACUGCCAACAACACCUUCAGAGUGGUGGGUGUGAAACUGCAGGACCAGCAGGUGGUGAUCAACUACUCCAUAGUGAAGGGCCUGAAGUACAACCAGGCCACUCCGACCUUCCAUCAGUGGCGCGACGCUCGCCAGGUCUAUGGGCUGAACUUUGCCAGUAAGGAGGAGGCCACCACCUUCUCCAACGCCAUGCUGUUCGCCCUCAACGUCCUCAGCUCACCUGACAGCGGAGGUCCAGUCGUCCAGCGCCAAAAUGGGCCGUCCUCAGAGGAAAGUGAGGCACAAAGGAGGAUGCUGGAGCAACAUCAGAUGCAGGCGCACAAGGAGAGGGAGCGACGGACGUCAGGAUCAGUCGUUUCCACUCUCCAAUAUAAAGUCUCCACUCCUCCCACCCACCCAGACACUCCUCCUGAGUACAGACAGUACAGAUGUAGCACACUGCCACCCUCCUACGUCCGCGUGGCCUCCUCCUCUCCUCCCUCCUCUGCCUCCUCUCCUUCUCAGGAGAGAGAGGCAGGGGCAGCUAGGGACAAGGCCCAGCUCUCCUCCCAGCUCUCCACCUCGCUCGCUUCAGCUUUUUCCCCAGUCCAGGCAGGAGUGACCACCAUGGGCCGACAGGUCCGUCAGAUCCCCCUGUCUCCUCCCACAGCAGCCCGCCACCUACACCUCCAACAGCAACUGCAGCAACAAGACAUCAUCCUCCCCCCUAAACACGGCACCUGGUCUGCCUCUCAUUUGCAGCAAAUGUACGCUCAGUUGCCCCCCUCCUCUUCUCCCCCAGUCAUGAUGGCCAUGCCUGUGAAGCAGAGUUUGCCCCCACAGCCCGUCAUCCCGGUGGCUCACCCCCUCCCACCCGUGAGCACUAGGAUGAAGCCCCCACCUCUUGAUCAGGGCGCCAUGACCGGCCCUCACCAGUACCCCCAGCACCAGCCCCACCCUCUCUCCAACGGCCAGGCAGACGACCAAUACACUCCUCAUUCUCAGCAUCUGCCACUCACCCCGCAGCUCUGCGAGGCCGUGCCCCUUCCUCCGCUGAUAGGUCACACAGUCCCCGGCCCCGCCCCCAGCCACCAGCCCCAGUACCCAUCCACCUUCCACCCUCAGCAGUAUCAGCAACAACCACAACAACAACAGCAGCAGGUGUACCACCAGCAGGCCCAGCCCCUUACCACCACUUCCUCCUCCUCCUCGCCCCCGUCUUACACUGCAAUAUCUGACGGGGGCUCGCCCAAGAAGACCCCCUCCCCCAUCCCCCAGCUGGCCCCCGUGGCCUUCAGCACCCCCCCUGUCUCUGCAGGUCACCCAGCUAUGCUUUCUGUGGCGCCCCCUCCAGCUGCAGUUCCAGCGCCCAUUGCUGGCCCUCCAGCACCACCACCACCACCACCGGGUCCACCCCCCCCAAUGGCAGUGCCCCCACCCAUGCCCCCUCCACUGCCCACUGGUGGAGGGCCUCCUGGGGGACCGCCUGGGGUCCAACCCUCAGGACUGGCUGCGGCAUUGGCUGGAGCCAAACUACGUAAAGUACACAGGGAUGAAAGCAGUCCGCCGGGGUCUGGAGGCAAAAGUGACUCCAACCGGUCUAGUGGUGGCAGUGGUGGAGGUGGGGAGGGACUCAUGCAGGAGAUGAAUGCCUUACUAGCUCGCAGACGGAAAGCUUCAGAGAAACCUGAUGAAGAUGACUCCGGUGGUCGGGGACCUGGUCAGAACUCAACAGAUGCGGUGAAGAAGCCAUGGGAGCGAUCCAACUCUGCAGAAAAGUCUUCACUGGUGUCCAGAGUGAGACCCAUUGGCAGCACUAGUGAAUCAGACACAGAGUUUGACAGGAUGAAACAGGAAAUUUUGGAUGAAGUUGUACGCGAGUUGCAUAAGGUGAAAGAUGAAAUCAUUAACGAAAGCCGCCUCCUCUUAAACGCUGUGUUCCUGUCUCGCAGCCAUCAGACAAGAAAUCGGCAGAAUCAGUACGUCCUAAUCUCAUCUGAGCAACAGUAGGAGGAGAGCGAGAGGAGGAUGGACAUGCGGACGCACAGACAAGAGGACCAAGGAAUGUUCUCUCAAUGUUUCUGUGACCUCGCGAUGCCAUGAUGCAAGUUGCAGAGAUGUUGUGCCAACAUUUGAGUCUGCUGGACAGCGAAAAAUGGAAGGAGACACAGAGAUGAAAGCGAAGGGAUUGAUAGGAAAGAAGGACAGAAGACGUGUGUUGAUAAAGAUUGAUUAUAGUACUGAUGAACUCAACAGAGGAUGGAAAAAUAAACUAAAAGAUGAACUGAAGGAUGGGCGAACAUUUGUGCCGAGUUUGGUGUUGUGUUCCUCUCUGUGCACCUACUAUAGACUCAGCCCAGUGUUGCGACUCUUUGUUCUCUGUUCAGUCCUAAGUCUUAAAAAAGAAAAUAUUUUUGUUUUCUAAGUUUUUACUGUUUUAUUAUUUAAAAAAACUGUGGUGAUAAUGAUGAUGCUGUUGAUGACAAUGAGUAUUUUAAUGAUAUUAUAGAAGGAGAACGGAAUCUUGCACACCAUUUAUGUCAGCCUUUUAUAUUUUCUAUGGUUUGUUUUUUUUGUUCAGUUAAUCCCUGAUGAUUUGACGAUGACAAGCACAAUAUGGGCAGAAUGGUGCUGCAGACUCGCCUGCCCUCAACUGGCAUAUAAAAAAUAAUAAUAAUAACAACAGGUUUUUUUAUGACCUUGUUCAUACUGGUGUUGUGUGUCUAACCUUUCCUCUCCAGAGAUAAUUGGGAAACAUGUUAAUGUUUGAACUACAAUUAGCCACUUAAAUGAACUCCUUCAUUCAAAGCAUAACAAAUAAGCGAAAAAAAUCUCCUGCAAUAUAAUCAAAUAACGUACUCUGGUUCUACGACUCCAGUGUGACUGAGGAACUUGUUUCUAUCUGCUCAUCCAGAUGUGUGAGAUCAUUGAAACUUGGGGGAUCGUUCACAAAACAGGCUGAUAACUGUAAAUGUGCCACCUGGUUUUACCUAGAUAUAAAACAGUGUAGUACUAGGGUAUCUAUUAGUCAUCCUAUGCUUUGUGAACCUACCAAGUAUGCAUGAAACGUCCAUUCUCUAUUAAUUGGUUUUUUUUUCAUUUGGUUUGACAAAAAAGUAAAAAAAAAUGAUAAUAAUACAAAGGGUGGUACAUUUAUUAUAGUGGUUUGUUUCCAUGAAGAUUCCCCUUUCUAUGUAUGAGAUGUUGAACUUGAUAAUGGUAGCAAUGUGAAAACAAUAAAAGGGAGUGCUCUGGCAAUAUGCAAAAUCUUACCUAGAUAAGAAUGUGCAGAAAGUGACUGUUAGGCCUAUGUGACGGUAGCUUAAUGUUUCUUUAAGGGAAGGAUGUCGUUGGAAUAUCGGUUGAUGCAUUCUAUCCACUGUCCGCUCUCAACUACGUUCUGAUUUGAAAAGCUGGAAGUAAAUUCAUUCAAACAGAAAACAA